AUGGCGACCGACAAACCGUUCAAACCAGCGCUCAUUAUUGUUGACUUUCAAGAAGAUUUCUGUCCACCUUCCGGCUCCCUCGCCGUCCCAGAAGGCCGCUCCAUCGCCCCAGCAAUCAACACCCUAACAUCCCUCCCCUUCCCCCUAAUCCUCGCCACGAAGGACUUCCACCCAGCAUCACACGUCUCCUUCGCCGCAAACCACCAGUCCGCCACGCCGUAUACGUCCACGACAACAAUUCACCAUCCUCACGAUCACGAUCGCUGCUACACCACUACCCUGUGGCCAACACACUGCGUCCAGGGCACGACUGGCGCCGAUCUGGUUCCUGAGCUUGACGUCUCGCGCGUGCACGCUGUGAUUGAGAAGGGGCAGGAUGAGGGCGUGGAAAUGUACAGUGCCUUUUAUGACCCUUUUAGGGUGAGUGAUAGUGGUCUUUCGGUCAUGCUGGUGGAGCAAGAGAUUACGGAUGUGUUUGUCGUUGGGCUAGCUGGUGAUUUCUGCGUUAAAGCGACGGCUGAAGAUGCGGUGCAAGAGGGCUACACGACGUGGAUAGUCGAUGAAGGCACGAAGCCUGUCAUACUGGAUAAGUGGGAAGAAUGCAAGAAGGGUAUGGAGGAGAAAGGUAUCAAGUUCACGUCCAUCACCGGAAAUGCUGUAGCCAAGGUAAAGACAUAUGCAUGA